UGAAAUGGUAGCCCAUCCGUUGUUGUUUUUAAUGGAAAUGCUGGCAAUCAUAUUGAUUUUGUACUCAAGUUUUGUGUUCGCAAAGCUUGAUACGCAAGAAGGGGAGGUCCUCAAAGAAAUUUUGGAAAAGUUAGGGAUGGGAGAAUGGAGUUUUGGCAAGGAUCCUUGCAGCAGCAGAGUGAAUCCAAAAGAUGACAAAGUCUAUGUCUAUAUGGAGUGCCUUUGCCCUUUUAAAAAUAAUACCACGUGUCAUAUUAUCAACAUGUACGUCUUCUUCUGGGAAAUAUUAUAUGUUGAAUCUGGAUGUAUAAAAAAAAAAAAAAAAAAAAAGACUUAAUUCUCAAUUGACCCACUGAUGAUGACUAGAGUGCUGAUGUGGCUGGCUAAGGUGUAGUUGCAACCUCAUGAUCGAGGAAGUAAUAUCACAUAGCUGCUGGUUGGCUUCUAGUAUUAAUGGAGUACUUUUGAUUUGAAGUCAUCAAACAAAGAUUUCUUUUACAAUCCAUCCAGGAAUAUAAAAAAUCAAAAUCUCUCUUCUGGCCUUCCGUUAGAAUUUACCAAGCCUUCGAAUCCUGGAUCUCAGUCGUAACUACCUCAGUGGAAGUGUACCAUCCGAAUGGGCUAACAUGCGACUAAGAAACAUCUCACUCAUGGGAAAUAGGUUAUCUGGGCCAUUUCCAAAAACUCUUACUAGAAUGACUACACUUGUAGAUUUGAGCAUAGAAGGAAAUCGCUUUUCUGGACCCAUACCCGGAGAGAUUGCAAACUUGAAAAAUUUGACCAAGCUUGUAAUAUCCUCGAAUGAUUUCACUGGACAACUACCUGUUACACUUGCAAAUCUUACCAACUUAACGGACAUGAGGAUUAACGACAACAAUUUCACUGGAAAGAUACCUAACUUCAUUGGCCAGUGGACAAAAAUUGAAAAAUUGUAUAUACAAGGUUGUUCUCUUGAGGGGCCCUUUCCUUAUAGCAGCAUCUCAGCCUUAACACAACUAGUUGAUUUGAGAAUCAGUGACUUGAAAGGUGGAGCUUAUUCUAAGUUCCCACAACUAGAGAAAAUGACAAAUCUGAAAAAAUUGCUACUUAGGAAUUGUUUGAUCCAUGGAACCAUUCCUGAGUACAUAGGGAAUAUGAAACUGGAAGCUUUAGAUCUCAGUUUCAACAAUUUUAGUGGUCGCAUCCCGCAAUCUUUUUCCCAACUACGAAAUGCAAAGUAUAUUUAUUUGACACAAAAUAAUCUUAGUGGAACGAUCCCUGAAUGGGUCUUUACAAGCACCAAGGAUGUGGACGUUUCAUAUAACCAAUUCAUAUGGGAUGCUUCUCAUCCGCACAUGUGUGCACAAGGGUUUGUGAAUAUGGUUCAAAGCCAUUCUUCCGCAAUCAAUGAUGGAACUAAUAUUCUUCCAUGUCUACGAAAAGAUUUCCCAUGUAAUAAAUCAAACGACCAAUUAGCGUAUUCAAUGUUUAUCAACUGCGGGGGAGAAGAAGUAUAUAUCAACAACACUCUGAAAUAUAAAGAAGAUUUAGAAUCAAAACUUACGCCUUAUUACGAUGGUGGAAAUUGGGCGUUUAGCAGCACAGGAAACUUCUUAGAUGAUAGCGGUGAUGAUGUCUAUAUUAUUUCCAACACGUCUAAUCUCCACAACAUAUCCACAUCGGAUACGAAAUUAUUCAUAAAUGCACGAACAGCCGCUAUCUCUCUUACGUAUUACGGAUUGUGUCUUUUGAAUGGGAAUUAUAACCUUACCCUUUACUUUGCGGAGAUUGUUUUCUCCCAAGAUAAAUCAUACAACAGCCUCGGGAAGCGUGUAUUUGAUGUUUAUGUGCAGGGAGAGUUAAAAAUAAAAGAUUUUGAUAUAGUAAAAGAGGCUGGAGGUACCGGUAGGGCAGUUCUAAAGAAAUAUACGGUUAAUGUGCAAAAAAAUACAUUGAAGAUUCAACUUUACUGGGCUGGAAAAGGCACUACUUGCAUUCCUAAAAGAGGAAGUUAUGGUCCGAUUAUAUCCGCCAUAUCAGUUGAGCCAAAUUUUAAGCCACCAAAUUUCGGAAAAAAGACUAAAGUUGGUUUAAUAGCUGGGACUAUUGGUGGUGUGCUCUUUUUUGUAGUUUUGAUAAUUUCCAUAUUGUGGAGAAAAGGCUACAUUAUGGGAGGGAAAACUGCAGAUUCUGCAGAGCUGAGAGCUUCGGAUCUGGAAAAGAAAAAUAUUUUCACGUACAAGCAGAUACAAGCUGCAACAAAGAACUUUGAUCCAUUAAACAAGCUUGGAAAAGGGGGAUUCGGGUCUGUGUUUAAGGGCGUAUUGUUGGAUGGGACAAUAAUCGCAGUAAAACAACUAUCAGACGUGUCCAAGCAAGGAGCCCGCGAGUUUGUCAAUGAGAUUGGCAUCCUUUCAGCAGCGAGACACCCAAAUCUGAUCAGAAUUUAUGGAUGUUGUGCUGAAGGGAGCCAACUGUUAUUGAUAUAUGAGUACAUGGAAAAUAACAGCUUAUCACAUGCCCUUUUAGGGAAUGAAAAGAGAUUAAAAGCGAAGCUCACUUGGCCCGUGAGGUUUAAAAUAUGCCUGGGGAUAGCUCGAGGCUUGGUUUAUCUUCAUGAAGAAUCACAAUUGAAAAUAAUUCACAGAGACAUAAAGGCUAGCAAUGUUUUGCUAGAUGAAGAUUUCAACGCCAAAAUAUCUGAUUUUGGCUUAGCAAAGCUUCAUGAUGACCAAAACACCCAUGUCACGACUCGUGUUGUAGGAACAAUGUUUUAUAUGGCUCCAGAGUAUGCCACUCGUGGUUACUUGACUCCUAAGGCCGAUGUUUAUGGUUUUGGAAUUGUGGCACUAGAAAUUGUUAGUGGAAUAAGCGUCUACACGGAGUUGAUGAGUGACGUGAAAGGCUAUUGCAUUAUAGAUAAGGCACUUAUGCUGAAAGGAAGAGAUCUACUUAAAAUGGUUGAUAAAGACUUAGGUUCCGACUAUUCUUCAGAAAAAGCAUUAACAGUACUAAAUGUGGCCGUUUUAUGCUUAGAGGUGUCUGCCAUUAGACCAACCAUGUCUCAAACAUGUAACAUGCUAGAAGGAAAAUUAAACAUUAACGAUUUUCGAAGAAGCAUGCGUCCGCCUUUAGACCAACCUAUAGACAUUUCCUUAUUAUGGCCAGACUAUAAACGAAACGAUACGGAAACCGGCGCCUCGACGAGUACUCAAUCCGUUUUCACAGAUUCCUUUGUCACGGAGGAUUUUAUUACUAAGGAUUUUAUUACUGAGUUACCGACCUUUUCCUCUUAACAUAUAUAGGUAGUGAAAAGUAGGAUCGCAAUUUUGUAUUGUAAAAAGAAUCAUAAUUGAUUAAUGGGUUCAUUAUGAUUUCUCUUGUUUGACAUGUUUCUUUUUUUUAUUAUUAGACUAUGUGUAGUGGAAGA